GUGACUCUAACCAGCGGUGUCUCUGCAAGGCCCGGAGAAGGACGGGUUAAACCCACCGCCCUCCUGAACCUCCCGCUUCCCAGGGAGCUGCCAGGCGCGGGGCUGCAGCAGCGCAGGGACCUUCCUGUCCAGCUGCCCCGGAGCCGGGGUCCUGGUCCGGGUGUGCGCAGGGUUGAGUCCCCGGCUCGGGGAAACAGCAGCAGGGGCAGGAGGUCGCUGCCCGGAGCGGAGCCCAGCCCGGUUCUCCCUCGCGAUCUCGCUGCCCCGAAGGGUCCCCAGCCUGGAUCCCGCCUCCCCCCCUGCAGAGAGCGGGGCCGGCGAGGCCAAAGCCCCGGCGCGUUCUCGGCGCCGGGCCCCGGGGGGAGAUUUCGUCCAGCAGGAUCUCCGGCCCUGGCCGCGAUCCCCCGCAUGGAGCCUGGGGCAGAGCCGAGGGUCCCGGAUCUCCAGGGCUCUCCGGGAAGGGAGAUGCCCAGAGGCGUCCACACAGCAGGUGCCAGGAAGGAGGAGGAGAAUCCCCAGCAGGAGCCACACAGGCCAUCGCAGAGCCCCGGGCAGGGAGAGGCCAACAGGGUGGGACAGCAGGGGGGAGGCCUCCAAGGGGUGGAAAAUGGCUUUGGGCUUCUCAAUAGCAUGUCUGUCUCCCAGAGACUGACCAUCUGUGGGCAAUGUGGGAAGAGCUUUAGCCAGUAUUCGGACCUUAUUAAGCACCAGCGGAUCCACACGGGGGAGAGACCCUACAGCUGCUCCCAGUGUGGGAAGAGCUUCAGCCAGAGCUCCCACCUUGCCAAGCAUCAGCGGAUCCACACCGGUGAGAGGCCCUACAAAUGCCCUGACUGCGGGAAGGGCUUCAACGACAGCUCCUACCUCCUGCAGCACCGCCGCACCCACACGGGCGAGCGGCCUUACGAAUGCCCGGACUGUGGGAAAAGCUUCGGAGACAAGUCAGGCCUUACCCGCCACCAGAAGGUGCAUCACGGCGAAAGACCCUACAAAUGCCCUGACUGCGGGAAGAGCUUCAGCGACAGCUCCUACCUCAUCCAGCAUCAGCGCAUCCACACGGGCGAGCGGCCCUACAAAUGCACCGAGUGUGGGAAGAGCUUCAGCCGGAACUCACACCUGGUUCAGCACCAGCGGGUCCACACGGGGGAACGCCCCUACAAAUGCUUUGACUGCGGGAUGAGCUUCAGCCACAGCUCCACCCUGAUCGGGCACCAGAGGACCCACCGUGGCGAUAAGCCCUACAAAUGCUCCCAGUGCAGGAAGAGCUUCCGGCACAAGUCAACCCUGGUGAAGCAUCAGCGGACCCACACUGGGGAGCGGCCCUACAGCUGUGCCAAGUGUGGGAAGAGCUUCAGCUGGGGCUCAGCUUUCAUCAAGCACCAGCGCACCCACACGGGGGAGCGGCCCUACCAAUGCACCCAGUGUGGGAAGGGCUUUGGGGACAGCUCAGCCCUGAUCCAGCACCAGCGCACCCACACGGGGGAGCGGCCCUACAAGUGCUCUGAGUGUGGGAAGGGCUUUGGUGACAGCUCCACCCUGAAUCAGCACCAGCGCACCCAUUCAGCAGAGAAACCCUACAAAUGCCCAGAGUGUGGGAGGAGCUUCAUCCUCAGCUCCCACUUUGUCCGGCACCAGAGGGUCCAUGUGGCCUAGAGUCCCCAUGUAAGGACAGUUCUGUUCACUGUUCACAUCUCUUUAGGGACCUUAGAAACCAGGCCUCCUUAGAGACCAGAGAACAGGCCUCUUUAGGGACUAGGCCUCCAUAGAGACCAAGGAUCUUGGAGACCUGGGAGGCCUCCUUAGAAGCCAGAGACCAGGCCUCUUUAGGGACUAGGCCUCCUUAGAAACCAAGGACGUUAGAGACCAGAGACCAGGCCUCUUUAGGGACGAGGCCUCCUUAGAGACCAAGGGCCUUGGAGACCUGGGACCAGGCCCCUUUAGGGAGAUGGAAGCAGGCUCUUUAGGAAACACAUCAGCCCAGAGACCUGACGUAGUUUUUCCCCUGGGGCAAGGCACAGCCCAUUGCGAUAUGGAUGUAGUGUGUGUAUGGGCGGAAGUGGGGACAGGAAUGACUGAGGGGACCAUGGGUAGAAAUUAAGGGAAGUGGGGAAGGAAGUGAACAUGGGGGUCCCUUCUGCCCCAGUCAAGAUGGGGCUAUUAGAAAUGCUUAGAGGCCACACGGCAGGGUUCUCAGCCUGGGAUCACUGCCCCACAAAGGGGAUCAUGGUAACCAUACCCCUUCCUUGUUUCUAAGAGGGCGGGUUCCCGGCUAUAUGGCAGUGAUAUCCUGGUAGGGAAAAGGUGAGAAUCCCCAUAAUAGUGAGGGAGUGAUCUCUGAAGGACUUGGGGGCUUUUGUCUGUGCCCGCUCCUGGGUGGGGGCGGGGCGACCUGUUCCUUCAUUCCCCUGGAACUCCACAGCUCUGGGCCUCACUCUCUGCUCCUUCCCCUCUCCCAGGGGCUGGGCGUGCGGAGGGUUAGGGACCCAUGGGGAAGGGUGAGUGAGGCUACUGAAAACUGGAGGGGGCUGCUCCCAGAGGCCAGACAGACAUAUGCUCCCAUACGGCUGGGCGGGGGGUGAGGGAGUGCCUAAUCUCCUUCUCCCUGGUGGUGUCUCCAGUGCCUGGCUCCUCUUUCCACGGUACACAGAGUCCAGUGGCACCUGGAGAACAUCCGUUCCUGUGCUUGGUGCAGCUGACAUCCAGCCAGCCCCACCCAUGGCUCUCGGUUCCCAGCAGGCACCUGGAUCUCACCCUCCUGCUGUCUUUGGUGAUGAUCCAGUCUCCUGUGGUGUUAGUUAAUUGUAUCUGUAGGAAAUAAACUUCCCCACCGGGAUCUGCCUCCUCCCGUCUCCGUGGUGAGGGCCCUGUCUCAGGGCUCAAUGUGGCCCUGGACGUGUUGUUCUCGCCUGCAGGGAAGCUCAGAAGCUGCUUGGGCUCCCAGUUAUCACGAUUUGCUGCUCUGAUCCUGACAUAAACCCCUGUAGAACGCCGUCUUGUCUUGCUCAGUAUCGUCUUCAUGAAUUGCCGGUGUAUCAAAAGAUCCAUUAUUCACCCAUCAUAAGCUGGAAUGUGCCCCACCACUCUUAGCACCACCCAGGCCAGAUCUCUGAGCAUGGACAGGAUCUGUGCUCUGCUCCAGCUUUUAAACAGUCUCUUGCGGGAACCUUUAUACAAUUAGGCUCCCAUGGGAUCUGACACUUCCUUCAGGUUAGGCCGUGCUGCCUCGCCACCUCCAGAACUGUUUCACAUUGCAAGUUCUUCUGAGCGAAUCCAACUGAAAUGGACUUCUGGUCAGAAACUUGUACGCUCCUCAGGGGCAACAGAGAAUGGAUCACUUGAUAAUUACCUGUUCUGCUCAUUCCCUUUGAAGCACCUGGCAUUGGCCACUGUCGGAAGACAGGAUACUGGGCUAGAUGGACCUUUGGUCUGGCCCAAUAUUGCCGUUCUUAAUGUACCUCAGCCUGUAUUUGCAGUGACACCAAGCAGCGUUUUCAAGACCAAGCAGGAUGUAUUAGCCAACUGGAACACAGCAUUGGAAGUUCUUAGGUUAGCAUCUACAUAAACAAAGCUUCUUAAAAAUCCCUGGGCACUAUCAGGGCCUGGCAUAAGAUCAGCGCGGCAAAUUUGGAGUCAUUUGGACAAACGGUUGCUGAGUCAGAGCACCCAGAAUAAAGCACUGGUUGGUAACAUUUCUGUUAUCAUUUUUUUUCCCCUUUUGCUACACACUUGUGGGCUCAAAUUCUUGCUGUGAUCACCUCGCACUGAUCUCACCUGAUCAGGUCUGAUCUCUGCUAGUGUCUAGCACCCACUCCGCCUUUGGGGGAGCAAGGGCUGUGCUUUGGCGCACCGAAGUGGCAUGCGCCUAGGAAGAUUUGCUGGUGUAUUGUGAGACUGGGAUGAAGGAGCCUAUGAAGCGACAGCCCUAAUACCAGAGUUGCUCAGGAGCUUAAGGGUUGACUCCAAGCACCUCCCCUGUGUCACGAGUUCAAGUUGAGCUGUUGGCAAAUUCCCCAGCCUAGAUGAAUGCUCUCCAGUCAUGGCAAAGGAGCCCAAAACUCAGAGCUUUUUGCUUAAGAACCAAUAGUUCAAAGUGCUUGGAAACCUACGUGCCUACUCAGAUUGUCUUGAAAAUUGCUACCCGUCCUCAGUACCAGCAGUACAGAAAAUGGUACUAGUUUGGGGUCAUUUGGGCAAGGCCACCCCAAUCAGUGUCUGACUAACAAUCAAACUGCUCUAAAACCCACAUGCAAUAGAAUUAUAGAGUCUAAGGCCAGAAGGGACAAUUGUGGGUCAUUUGGUUAAGGAGUUCCCCACAUACAGCCCCACCAAAAAGAGCUGCUUUGAACAUCUGCAGAUUUUUAUAAUGUGUUUGACCCAGAGCUAAGGCCAGGGCCGGCUAUAGGUUUUUUACCGCCCCAAGCAAACAAAUGUUUGGCUGCCCCCUACCCCAGCCUUGGG